GUGAAGGGCAACUGGCUGGCAGACGAGGACGACAGACUCAAACAGCUCGUUAAGACAGAAGGAGAGGGCCAAUGGAGCGCGAUUGCACGCCACUUUCCCGGCCGAAUCGGAAAGCAGUGCCGGGAGAGGUGGCACAACCAGCUGCGCCCCGAUAUCAAGAGGGAGGCCUGGACAGACGAAGAAGAAACAAUCCUGAUUGAAGCCCACAGACGGGUUGGCAACAAGUGGGCGGACAUUGCCAAGGUCAUCACAGGCCGCACAGAAAAUGCCGUCAAGAACCACUGGAAUGCCACACUCCGCCGCAGG